CAGCACCCCGGGGUCUGUGCAGCGCCUGGGCGCCGGUUGUUGCUUUUCUUCAGAAGGGAGUCUUUAAGCGACUAAGUUCGACCGUGCACCGAAAGCACAGAAAUCGAUCCCGUUGCGGAGGUGUAAGAGGCAUCCCCGCCCUCGGCCGUACAUCCCUUCUAAAGGCUACGUGGGAUUUGAGGCAUCGGGAGAGACCGAUAAUUCCUCUCUUCCCUUGGGGAAGAGCUGCGCGCUGAGCAGCAGUAGCAGAAGGCUCAGUAGCUCGGUUGAUCCAUAUCCCACCGGGACUGGCGGCAUUUCUCAGUGAAAGGCCCGACGUGAGAGCCAGUCCUAAAGCGCACAUGUGCUGAACUCCUCAUCAGCAGGCUGGAAGGGGGUUCCCAGAGCCCCUUACCCCCCAGGCCCAGCAGUUCCGGCAUGCUGGGAAGGAAGGAGCGGCAAUCUGGAAUCCCCGCCGGCAAGAAAAGGAGAGGAACGGUGGCUUUCUUGCUCUAAAUGCCUGCUCUGGCUAAAAGGCAAUGUCCUGCUUACUGUGCUUGGUGAGAGUUUAUGCCAGUCCUAACUCCAGAAGAGACUUUUCAGCUGAGCAAAGCAGAAAGAGGGAUUAAGGGAGAGGUAUGCAAUGGAUACCAAGACUGUCAGUUCUGUUUGGCAGCAAGAACAGAAGAAUCAGGUAGAACAGCUCACUACAUUGCCACACCUAAGCUUUAGAUACAUAAAGGCUUGAAAAAUGUACUCCAGGCUUGAUGACGUGGGAGCUUAAGUUGAAAUGCUCUGCCUGGCAUGCAUCAAAAUGGCUGUUUAUAAUCACAAGUGAACAAGCACUCAUUGUUUGAGGAUGUGGCUUGCUCACUUCUGGAGUGGAGUGCCAAAUAGUAUUUUUUUUCCUUUGAAUGUCAGUCGUAUUCACUGUUUUGUAUAUUCAGUGCAUAAUAGUUGAUCACAUGCAGAACCGAGAGAUCCUGAUGAAAAAAAAAAAUAGCUCCAAACUUUGCCAUGCCAAAAACCCCUGUGAAAUAUUGCACAGCAGUAAAGUGCACCUUCCCACACUCAUUUCAACUGUGUAAGCUUCUGCUGCAUGUGGUGCACAUGCAUAGGUAUCACUUGGUAAUAAGCACCAUGGCCCUGCUGACCUGGCAAAACAAACUUGAACAGACAGGAGAAAAAAAAUAAAUCAAAAUUAAUCAAGUAGAUUAGAAUUUAUAUCCUCAUUUUCCCAUUGCUGUUCCAAAGGGAGAGGUUUCCAUAAAGGAGGCCAUAAUGACACUCAGCAGCUACCUUUAUUUACCAAAUUCAUAUAGUGCUUCCAUUCAAAAGCCAAACAGUAUUAUUUGCAGUGAGUCACAAUAUGAACAUGGAAUGGGUUUGUGUGCGGUUACUCAAGCUGAGCAGUGUCUUGAACAGGGGCAGGAUUGACCUUGUGUGUGGUGGGAUGAGGUGAGCCACCCUCUGCAGUUGGCUGCUCUUCCUAGCUAGCUGAAAUAGGAGUGCAUAGAGGGACAGGGUGUGAAUCCCACCUCUCCUAUAUUUUUUUUACUCCUUAGGAUGCAUAUGUGCUGUUCUCAAGCCAUUUAUGCCCUAGGGGAAAGCAAUGGAAUUAAAAUGCCCUGGGUUUGCUUCCCCAGGAAAACUCCUUCGGGAAGUAGGCAGGGCUAGCACAGCAGCUGACACUUUUAGUCUUGGCAGGAAUUAUUUUCCCAGAACAGAGUUAGCUUUUCAUUGUUUAACUCAUAGCAUUUUCGGUAUGUAACAAACCAGAGGCUGGAGGAAUAAGGACGUACCCUGCAGGUGGAAGUGUGGUGUGUAAUGAGAGCUCCCUUUCACUGAUGUCACAUUGCAGGACUCUGUCCAUCCCAUCCAGCCCUGUCUCCCUUGGCUCCAUGCAGCAAGUCCAAGGGCACUCCAGCCUACAUAGGGGCCCAAACCAAGACACAGCUAAAGCUUUCACAGCAGCAGAGCUUGCACUCCUGUUUGAAAAUGAGCUUGUGAUUCCUGGCUCUUUACAGGCACAAUCUUUAUAUAUGACAAUAUGUUUUAAUUUCUGUUGAGAUCCAGUACAUGGAGAUACCUAGAAAUAGAGUUGUCUCAAGUAUCAUACUCACUGGAGAGAUUUUAUCAUGCUUUUAAAAUACAUAAAAGUAAGUGAUGCAGGCUAAGAGCUGGGGCUUCAUCACUCAGAAACAUGAGGAAGCGAGACUGGUGGGCGCAGGAUUAACUGCUUUGGUUUAUCCCACUUGGUGUUACUCACGCCAAAAAUUCUUUACAGUAUUUUGUUGCUUUUGCAGUCUUUCCACACAAAACUUCCCAAGCUGUAAUUUCAGGGUUGUGGGUUUUUUCUUUAUUGUUCUGUGUGGUCAUCUUGCACUUUCACUCAAGAGCUCCUUAUCCAAGGAUUUGUUUGUCAGAAACUCCAAGAGACCUCAUCCUGUGAUAGGGCACGCUGGAGAUGGUGGACCAUCUUGCAAACACUGAGAUCAACAGCCAGCGCAUUGCUGCUGUGGAAAACUGCUUUGGAGCUUCUGGACAGCCAUUAGCCGUGCCAGGAAGGGUCCUUUUAGGAGAAGGAAUUUUAACCAAAGAAUGCCGCAAGAAACCAAAGCCUCGCAUAUUCUUCCUUUUCAAUGACAUCCUUGUCUAUGGCAGCAUAGUCAUCAACAAAAGGAAGUACAAUUCCCAGCACAUCAUUCCCCUUGAAGACGUCACUUUGGAGACACUGCCAGACACCUUGCAGAUGAAGAACCGCUGGAUGAUUAAAACCUCAAAGAAGUCCUUUGUGGUUUCCGCAGCCUCCCUCACUGAGAGGAAGGAGUGGAUCAGCCAUCUGGAGGAGUGCAUCAGGCACCUGCUGACGAAGACAGGCCGGCAGCCCUCCACAGAGCAUGCGGCCCCCUGGAUCCCAGACAAGGCCACGGACAUCUGCAUGCGCUGCACACAGACCAAGUUCUCCACGCUCACCCGAAGGCACCACUGCCGCAAGUGCGGCUUUGUCGUCUGCGCAGACUGCUCCAGGCAAAGGUUCCUGAUGCCCCGGCUGUCCCCCAAGCCCCUGAGGGUCUGCAACCUUUGCUACAGGCAGCUGCUGGCAGAGAAGAAGAAGGAGGCAGAGGCAGACCGCAGGCAGCUGGAGCCCAUCUGCUCUGCCAUCCCGGGCUAUGAGCCCUCCAGCGGCGAUGACAGCGACAAGUCUGAUGAUGACAAAGCUGACCAGUGGCCAGCAGACACGGAGUUUUAUACCUCAGAAGUAUCUUGGUCUUCUUUCCAUAGCUGACCUCCUUGGGAGUUGGUGGCCUUUAGACAUUGAGAAGCCAACUUCUGACCUCCAAUGCAUGCCCUUCUUGAUGUUUUCUCUGGAGGCCAUGCCUAGGAAGGUGGAUCUGUAUGGGGUGUCUGUGUGGGGAGAAGAGAUGGGGUUGCCCCUCUGAGAAUGUGGCUCAUGACACGAACACAGAGAGCUCAGCAAAGAGCAUGGACUGGGGCAGAGACCUGCAGAUCAGCCUUGACCAAACGAUCUCACCUUUCUGUGCCUUAGUCUUCUUGUCUGCAAAAACAGAGCAAUACUAUCUUACUUUCUUAAAUCCUUUGAGAUCAGCUCUUGGGAGAAAAAGGAGCAAGAAAUCCUGGAAUUAAACACACCUGCCUGCUAGCAGUGUGUUCCUCUGUCAUGGCAGGCGGCACUGCGGGUACUGUUUUCGACAGGCUUCCAUUGCUACAACUGGAUCUUUGGAAACACUAAGGAAAUGGUGCUCCCAUUGCAGGGAGCUUGUACAAGGCUCUGUGUGAGCAGCCUUAGCAAAGUGCUGGAGCAUCCAGCUCUCCUGCGUGGAAGGAGGCCAUUUUUGUUGUCCCAGGCCAGGAGGGAAGGAGAGGGGAAAGGGACAGGUAAAAUUAUACAAAAGAGUGAGAUAAGGAGGGAAAGACUUACUGCAGUUAACUUAAAGUGCAGAACCCCCAAUCUCAAACCAGGCAGUUCCACCAGAUUACCAGCAACUUGAUUAACUCAAGCCUUUCACAUAAAAGGAUAGCCCAGGGAAGAUUUGUUAAAAGUCUUGAAAACUCCAGGAAAAAAAUCCUAAAUUCAGAACUUACGAAGUACAGCACUUCCACUUCCCUCCCACACAGGAGCCCAAGGCAUUGCGUGCUCUCUUGUGGGCUCUUCUCAUGUCUAUCAGCCACUUGAAUCCAAAGUUAAGGUCCUUUAUGUACUUACAGGAUUGGAGCCCAAGACCUUACAGUUAACUUGAGAUCAAUUUUAAAGUAAUCAAAUUUUAAAAUCAAAUUAAGUUAGAACUGUGUUUACUCAAGUAUUCUAUCAUAGUAUAGUGUGAAAGUAAAGAUACUGAAAAUUAGACAACAGCAAUUGUUUUGCAGCAGACAUUUGUACAAACUCCGUUAUUACUCUUAGUAUAUUUUUGUAUUGUGUAUUUGAUGCACUGGAAGAGGAACAUGGCUGGGAGUAACCUGCCAAUGUUAUAAACUGCUUCCUUACAGUGGCCUGUUCCAAAGAGUGCAUUGCCUGUCAGAUGGCCAGACUUAUGUUUUUUCUAAAUUUCAAUUCAAAGUAAUAACUUACUGUCUUUUGUAAACUGCCACUGUUCCAAUGAAUUUGUAUCACUGGACCAUGUGUGAAUAAAGAUACGGCCAACAGGAAGAAGUCAGGAAAA